GAUAUUAUGCAACGUCCAUUGCGUGGCUAAAUUAAGAGACACGUCCGCGUUAUAUUGGUGUCAUCGUGUAAGUCGUGUAUUACUUCUAGGAAGGUAACUCCGAGCUCCGACCUACGAGCUCCGUUCACAGAUACCUGCCUUACACUAACGUUUCGGGAAUGGCGAAGUGUUCUCACUUCCAAGUUACAUGUGAAACUGAGCAAAACAGCCAAGCCCUGAUCGACAGCCAAGGCAAACCAUGGAAACAAUGGCCUCGACAAGAGACGAAAAUAAGAGGAAUCUACGUUAUCAAACAGGAUAGACUGAUCAUCUAUGUGGGGAGGUCCAAAGAUAUUAUCCACCGUCUGAGGUCACACUGCUCCGGAGACAAGCAAGCCAUCGACAGACAUAUUGGUGUUACCCCUGCCUGGAGGCUCAGCUACAACUAUGUGCCUGACACCGACCACAGCUGUAGUGAGAACUGUUAUUUAAAAUACAUUGCUAAGUUGCAAGGUCACUGGCCGGAGUUCAACAUGCAGAGAGGCAAGCGUGUUCCCAAACAAGAAAAACGCCAGGAAAGAUUAACCCGUGACAAGGAUACAACAUGUGCGAUUCUCUGAAACGAAAUCAAUAAUGUCAUCAAUCAGUUAAAGAAGGAGAGUCACUUCACCGAAUAAUGUGUAUAUAAUCUUUGCCACAUUCUUUCACUAUUUCACAUGAUACGGUGAGCUGAGGUGAAAUGGGGUUUAACGUCAUACUUGACAAUAUUUCGCUCAUAUGACGACGUGCAAGCAUGUGCAUGUGUGGCUGCAAGCCCAGACAAGCUGGUUUUAUAGUGCUAGCCCACUGAGAUACCAUGCUGCAGUGAAGCAUGAAUACCCCACUCAGACACAUUAUACUGACUCCGAGCCGACCAGUCUGCUUCUUUCAGUUAUCCGGCUUGACAAGUCUUCACCCACCUGUCUGUGAUUCUUGAUUCGUCAUAAUGCGCGUGCUUCAAACACGAUAAACUAUAAUGACAAGGAGAGAUUUGGUUAGUCUUACUCGGAAGCAAUAUAACCAUAGGGUAAGGAUGAUAUCCCAUCAUCGCGUAUGUACCUUUUAUUGUCAAAAGGAGACAACGCGACUUUCCUUACCUUCACUGUGUACAAUGUAUUGCGAAAAGACCUGAUUUGGUGAAACGUAGCCUCGUGUCUGAGGUGUUUUUUUACCCAGGUACGCUGUAUACCCUUAGCACGUUUCUCCUCUAUCAGUACAGCACUCUUUUCUCCUUCCUCGCUCUCUACUUCCUGCUUUACUACAAAACUGUAAUAUUUACUUUUCAAUCCAACAAAUUCAGUAAUAAUA